AUGGCCUCUCUCCUGGUCGGCCGCCUCGGCAUGCAGGCGCCGCGUGGCAUGGUUCUGCCCGGAGGAGCCCUGACAUCCGACGGGUACGGCGGCAUCAUGUCCAGCGCUCUGCGCGCUGCCUGGAGUGGGGCUCAGCAGAAGCAGCCGCAGCAGCCCCAACAAGCGGGCGGCGGCAACGGCGGCUACAGGGCGCACCAGCACAAGGGGCCCUGGACCGAGGCGGAGGACGUAAUCCUCAGGGAGAUGGUGAUGAGGCACGGCGACCGGAAGUGGGCGGUGAUAUCGCAGUCGCUCCCCGGCCGGGUGGGCAAGCAGUGCCGCGAGAUGGAUGGACCACCACCUGCGCCCCGACCUCAAGAAGAGCUUGUGGACCGAAGAGGACGACAUGGCGCUGAUCAAGGCGCACAAGCGCUGCGGCAACCACUGGUCGACCAUUGCCACUUUCCUCCGGGGCGCUCGGAGAACGCCGUGAAGAACCACUGGAACGCCACCAAGCGAAGCCUCAAGGCCAAGCGCCGCCUCAAGAAGAAGAACAACGCGCAGCAGGUGCCGCCCGGCCAGUGGUCCAUCCUCGAGGAGUACAUCCGUAGCGUGUACCCUGACCUCGCCGACGGCGCCGCCCCGACCCCGCCGCCGGAGGAGGAUUCCCCUCCGUCGUCCUACAACAACCUCGGGUCGUACUCCGUCUUCGACCAGCUGACUGCGAUGGGGCUGUACCUGGGCGCGUCGUCGUCGUCCGCGCCGCCGUUGGCCAACCUGGGCGCGAUGAACUCCGACGCCGUGGCGCCGUUCCUGCAGCUGGACCUCAACACCUACUACGGCGCCGCGCCGACGAUGAAGCUCAUGGCUCCGAUGGGGACGCACAUGAUGGAGCAUGAUCGCCACCACCACCACCAGGCUGCUGCUGCUUCCUACGCCGCCGCCAACCUGAUCACCUACCCCUUCGUCGACAACAUCAUGUGGCAGUCGUCGUUCGGCGCCCACCAUGCCAGCACCGCCUACGGCGGCGGAGGCGACGCAGCAGGUGCCGGGCCGAGCAAUGCAGGAGGCGCCGCCGUUCCGGACGACGUCGACGUCGUUCAGAUGGCCUCCAGGGAGUUCCUGACGCCGUCGGAGGACGAUGUCACUCUCGACCUGGCCAGAUUCCAUUGA